ACUACAUUUCAGCGGCGAGAGCGAAGAAAUCAGAGACGACACGAGGUCACAUGUGAUUUAUCCGGAAACCUGCUCGCUUUUCCCAAAGUUUAAAUCUGGCCGUCCAGAUCUGAAAGCCUGAAUCUCCAACGUCGAGGCAGAGGAGCUGAGCGUCAUAAUGAGAUGUCGUCUCCCAGCGGGUCCUUCGUGCAGAUCAGGUUUGAUGACAUCCUCUUCUACGAGAACUGCGGCGGGGGCAGCUUCGGCAGCGUGUACCGAGCCCGCUGGAUCUCCCAGGACAAAGAAGUGGCGGUGAAAAAACUGCUCAAGAUUGAAAACGAGGCUGAAAUCCUCAGCGUCCUCAGUCACCGGAACAUCAUCCAGUUUUAUGGGGCAGUUUUUGAGGCGCCCAACUAUGGCAUCGUCACGGAGUAUGCCAGCGGAGGCUCGCUGUAUGAUUACCUGUCGAGUGACAAGAGUGAGGAGAUGGACAUGGGACAGAUCAUGACGUGGGCUGCAGAGAUUGCCAAAGGAAUGCAUUAUUUACACUCAGAGGCGCCUGUGAAAGUGAUCCACCGAGACCUGAAAUCCAGGAACGUUGUUUUAACUGCUGACAAAAUUCUCAAGAUCUGCGACUUUGGCGCGUCCAAGUUCCUGACGCACACGACACACAUGUCGUUGGUGGGCACGUUUCCCUGGAUGGCUCCUGAGGUGAUCCAGAGCCUCCCCGUGUCGGAGACGUGUGACACUUUCUCUUAUGGAGUGGUGCUCUGGGAAAUGCUCACCCGUGAGAUCCCCUUCAAAGGCCUGGAAGGCCUGCAGGUGGCCUGGCUGGUGGUGGAGAAGAACGAGAGGUUAACCAUCCCGAGCUGCUGCCCUGCCAGCUUCGCUGAGCUCAUGGGAAAGUGCUGGGCGACAGAGUCAAAGGAAAGGCCGAUGUUUAAGCAGAUCCUCUCUACUUUGGAGUCGAUGUCUAAAGAUAGCCAACUUCCUCAACAGUGCAACUCUUUCCUUAACAAUAAAGCUGAAUGGAGGUGCGAGAUUGAAGCGACACUUGAGAGGCUGAAGAAGCUGGAGAGGGAUCUGAGCACCAAGGAGCAGGAGCUGAAGGCCCGCGAGCGCCGUCUGAAGAUGUGGGAGUGCAAGCUCAUCGAGCAGUCCAGCAGCCCGCUCUUCUCCCCUGCGGCUAAACCGACGAGCUCAGAGUCUUUCUUUCGCUCAAAGACAGAGGACUCGAAGGGCGCGCCUGCGACACGCCGGGUCCUAACCUCCGGUAAUGGGGAGGUGAAGCUGCGCUCCCUGGCGAGGGGCUUGGAGGACGUGGCGUCGCUGCACUCUGGCCUCCAGGCCGACGUGCGGGCCAGGCAGAAGUGUCUCAGGUCGAGCCGCGUCCGAGAUGGAUUCAAAAUCAACGUGGCUUGGCGGAUGGGACGCUGCUCCUGGUACGACGACAGUAAAUAAACCCCUGGUGAUGUUCGGCGUUGCCAUCGGUGCAUCCCAGCUGAUCCCGCACCGACCUGGGAGCACGACGGCCCGUGAAGUCACACGUACUUUCAUUAACCUUUGUCACACCAACGCUGUCGCCUGACUUUUGGAGCUGUACUACCCCUUUUCCACCAAGCCAGUUCCAGGGCUGGUUCUGGGCCAGUGCUGGUGCUGGUUCACAACCAGUUCAACUUGCUAACCAGCUGAGAAUUGGUUUGCUUUUUCAUAGCUCGGGUGCUAACUGGAUCCAAGUCAUUACGUCGCUGCAAACGUCAGUUACGUUGCUGCGUUUGCAUUGGCGCGAAAAUUGAUGCAACAACGUAUUUGCUCUACUACUGACUUGCUCCCCGUAGCACCUCCGUGGACAAUAUCGCUAAAAGACAGGUUGUCUCCUCCUCAGACCACUGCUGCUUUGCUCCAUCCAGAUUAAUUCAUCGCUUAUUUGAAAAUGUCGGCGUCUCGCAGUCUUGCUAUUGCCGUUGGUCUUAACAACUCCACCCCCUCCGCUUACGUAGCGGUUCUUUCCUCUAAACCCAGCAGAGAGUUGGUGCUGCCUUGGAACCGCUUUUUCUGGCCCGGAGCCAGAUCUUUGUCAGUGAGAACAGAAAGCCCGGUUCCAAACUCAGCAAUGGCCCAGAACCAGAACUAGCCCUGGAACCGGUGUGGUGGAAAAGGGGAGAUGAGCAUAUUCACUAGUGUCUACAUGCUGCGCAGCGACACGCUCGCCGCUAUCAAGCUCACUCCGAGUCCUCCACCUUGGAUGCAUUAUGGAUGUCAUUUACUGUACGCCUAAUGUUGGAGACGCUGAGAGGGAAAAGCCACGUGAGCCAGUUGCUCGGAGAAGGCCAGGCUUUUAUGAUGAAGUGACAUUUUGCUGACAUUAAGAUUGGUCAAUUUGUUCCGGAUGCGGGGAAGUGCGGUUGCUGAGACUCGGCCUCUUACUGAGAUGGGAAACUAUACGUUCUUUUUCUAUAAAACAACAGCUGCCUUUUGAUUUCACCAGAGAACUUACAAUGUAAAGACGUGAUGUGGUCUAAUUCAUUAUCCUCCUCAAGUCCUGCAGGUGACAGUAGAGUCAGAAUCACGUCAGAAAUGCUGUUCCCUUCAGUAUAAUGCUUCUUCCGGGGGACGGACGUGCUUCCUCGAGCGUAACCCAUUAAACCAUCCUUCUUGCUCGUUAUAAUCAGCCGGUCUCGCGGGGACGUAAUCCUCGUCAUCCCUGUGUUGUUGCUUGUUAGCUCCAAUACUUCAGUUCAAACGCUGUCUACACUCUCGUGCCAUCAAUCCCCAGACAAUCGGAUUCAACGUGACAAUUAGAGCAGAUUUGCACCUUUUUGUCUGCGUUUUCCAGAACAAUACUUAGACACUUGAGGCGUCCGGGAAUAUUCACCUUUCAACCUACGUCCAUCGUGGAAAAUAAAAGGACUUUUUCUCCUGUCGUUUAUUUCUGUCAUUCUUCAGAGUUUUGUCGAUAAAUCAGCUCCUUUCUACUUUUUGUAAGUUUGUCUGUUAUGUUAUGUUUCAAUGGAUGUAAAGUGUUGAUUCCAGUGUGACUGAUGGCUUUUUAACUAUAAAUUAUGUUGCUUCACAUGGUGUCAUUGUUUAAUCCUUUCUUUUCACUCUUCUUCAUAACUCUCAAUAUUUAAGGGUGGUGGUCACCCGUCAUCUGUUUAGUCCACAUGGGGGCAGACUUGUGAAGUAAUCUCAACUCU